UUUUAAAUGGCGGAUCGCGUCUGUUUGUUCGAAUUUUGUGUAAAUUUGCAUUUAAAUCGCGAAAAUGGACGAUUUUUGCAUGGAUUACGAGAUAAAUGAGCCUCCAGUGAUGAUUUUGCAACAAAAGAACGCGACAACCAUCAAUGAUUUACGAACAGAGGAUUUGGCAAGAAUUUUCACGUUUCUCUCCGAAAAUGAAAAACGAACAGUCAUGACAGUCAACAAAAGAUGGUUAUCAGUUGUAAAUUCCGAAUUUCCCGCUGCCAGCUGCUUAAUUCUAACAAAAGACAUGAAUUACAGCCGAAACGGAGAGCUUUUCAAUACUUUUCUCGACCGCAUCACGAUGGAAAUGCGUCAAUUUACGCAUGUAAAGAUCAAAUCCUUUCCCGAAACGCUUGAAGAAUUCCUCACAAUGAUUCGCUUCCUGGAUUUCGUUAAAGAAGACGUCACAAAUAUGACAAUCGAAAGCCUACUAACAUUGAAUGAUGCUGCCUUUGAAAACAUCUUAAACGAGUUACUUUACACUAAAAUGCCGAAAUUAAAAUGUCUCGUAGUGCUCGAUGAGGUUCUUUUAGGCAACAUGGUGAUGCCGAAAAAAUUGCAGUCGAUCGAUGUCUUGAACGGAUUACAACUUCAUCUUUACCCGUACUGCCAACACCUGAAAAUUAAGAAUUUCUCUCUCCAAAGUAGCCAUUUUUCGGUUCUUUGUGAACAUAUGCCGCGAAUUAGGAAUCUUUUCAUUUUGCAUGGCACCGGAAAUGUUACGAUCAGCAUCGACUCCCUUUUGGAUCAAAACAAGCCCUCAAUUAAGGAUUUGACGAAUUUGCAUGAACUUGUGUUUGAAACAUCAUCCCGCGAAGCACCUUCGGAUGAUGCAAAAUGGCCUCGAUUGUCGAAUUUACGGAUUUUGAGACUUACUGGCAUUGGAUUUUCUCUCAUGAGUGAAGAAAUGGUUACCGAAUUGGCUGACAAUUGUCCUUUGAUAGAACAAUUCAAAUUGGAUGUUCAAGGCGGAUUGAUCUCCGUUUUAUGUCUUCUACCUCUAAUUUACGGACUUUACUUGACUACUUUGGAAAUUCCCGGUGAAGUGGAUUACUAUAUUUGUCGUAAUUCGAUUCUCGUUGCCAAUGUGAUGAAUCAUUGUCAUGAUCUACAAAGUAUUUGCAUCAAGGAAAAUUGUGGGUUUUCGCUCGAACAUGAGUUGAAAUUGUUUCAAAAGCUUCCAACCCUUCAAACUGUCACUUCGAUCAUUACGCUGAAGGAUUUAUCGACAAUAACGCGAGUUAUGACAAGAGAUGACUUGCACAACCUCAAAGAAUAUUUGAAACGGAACAUAAUUUACUACAAGGAUAUGCAAGAUACGUUGGAUUUUUUGUUAAAUCACGUGAUCUCAAUGGAACAAGUGAUCCAUUUGUACGAAAUGUACUUGGAAGAAUACCGCGAGGUCGACGAUUACGACGGCGUUCGUAAAUUGUACGUCAUUCUAUCAGGAUAUCUCAAUUUACCGCAAGAAGAAAUUUGCAAAAUUAUUUGCAUGAUACAAAAAUUCAUCUCUGACUGAAAAUUACAACAAAAAUAAUUGAAUUUUAAUAUUAAAAAAAAUGUGAAAUUACAAUUUUGUCUACAAAUUAAAACGAAAUUUAUCUAUC